UUGACGAAUAACGUUUGACGUUUGUGGUGUGAAAAAAAGUGAACAUCGAUACGGAGUGAUUAUUGAUUUUGUUUCUAAUUUCUAUUCUAUAUCUAAAAAUUACCAAACAGCGGCAGCAGCAGAGCUCAAAGAUCAUAACUAUUGAGCUUGAACAUGCGGUGUUGCGUGCCUUUCUGCAAGAAUACUGCAGACAAUGUGCGCACUGCAGGGGGCACAGGCAAGGACGAGAUUACUUUUCACGGUUUCCCCAGUGAAGGCCCUCUGCGUGCAGCCUGGCUCAAAGCCCUCGGCAAACAAGACACUCACCUGCCAGACUCUGCUGUGGUCUGCUCGCAGCACUUCCUGAGUGAUGACAUCAGAGAGACAGAGGGUGGCUCGAAGCAGAUUGCUCCGGGCGCCAUUCCUUCAACAGUGCUGGUCUGCACAAUGUGUCUGGACAGUGACAGCAAGCAGUUGCUGAUGAGCAAAUACAAGUUGGAUGUCGCGUAUCAACAGUUAGUUGGUCUUCCUUUGUGUGCUCUGGGGAGCCUGAAGCAAACAGUUUGCGUGCAGUGUGCGCACAGACUGACAAACGUCACCAGGCUUAGAGAUGACAGCUUGAGGACCCGCUCGCUGAUGAUGGACUUGCUUGAGAAACAUGAAGUUAUAACGAACCGACAUAUACAAAUAAUAAACCGAGAGAAAAAUCUUCUUAAAAGCAAGUUAGUGAUUAAAUCCCUCGGACCAGACCACUUUGACUUGCACAUAGUAGAGAACGAUGUAGACCACCAGACAAAAGUACACAGCGCUUACGAUACAACUGUAGUGAAAACUGAAGAUUUUGACCCUACGGCUGCAGAUGGAGAGGUGGAGGUGAAGAAUGAAUAUGACGAUGAAUUUGUCGUAUCUCAUGGACAGGAACCAGCGUGUGAAGGCAUCAAGUUGGAAACAAAGAUGGAGGAUGACAGUGACUCCUCCAAUCCACACCUGGUUGAAACUUACAGUAUUCCUUGGUCUGUGAGAGCUGCACCUUACGAAGACGACACAUUGAAGAAAAAUAAAAGAGUAUUUGAUAUAUAUGACGGCAACAAUACAACUAACACAUUCCCACAUUAUUUAGUCAAACUAAACAAAGAACCUGAGAGAUCACAAAGCUGUAGCUCUUACGACAAGCUACAUGUUGGUACUGCCUCUACAAGUGCGAGUGACGUCACUGGCACACAGAACAAACGUAUCCCUUGGCCUGUGACAACUGCACCUAACGAAGACGAUACAGACGAAGACAAUUCAAACGCUUUACAAAGUGAACCUGGCUUGAAAUAUGACAAUAAAUUACACACCGAAUUAGCAGUUAACAGUUUACGGGCACAUAGUGAGAAUAAAUUGUUUACUUGUGAUGUUUGCAAAAAUGUGUUUAAACAAAAGUCACUUUUAGUUAAACACAUGAAGUCGCAUACUGAACAGAAAAUAUUCACUUGCAAGUUUUGUCAAUUGAAAUUUACCUACAAAAGUCAUUUACUACAACAUGUGCGAUUUCACACUGGUGAAAAGCCAUAUUCAUGUAACUUAUGUGAAUGUAAAUAUAUUACUAAAAGUCACUUAGUGCGUCAUAUGCGAACUCACACUGGUGAGAAGCCAUAUUCAUGUAAUUUGUGCGAGUACAAAUGUUCUCGAAAUAGCCUAUUAGUGAGUCAUAUGCGAACUCACACUGGUGAGAAGCCAUAUUUAUGUAAUUUAUGUGAAUACAAAUUUGCUACUAAAUAUCGCUUAGUGUGUCAUAUGCGAACUCACACUGGUGAAAAGCCAUAUUCAUGUAAUUUGUGCGAGUACAAAUGUUCUCAAAAUGGCAUAUUAGUGAGUCAUAUGCGAACUCACACUGGUGAGAAGCCAUUUUCAUGUAAGUUGUGCGAGUACAAAUCUGCUCAACGUAGUCACUUAGUAAUUCAUAUGCGAACUCACACUGGUGAAAAGCCUUUUUUUUGUACCUUAUGCGAAUAUAAAUGUACUCGAAGUGAACUAUUAGUUUUACAUAUGCGAUCUCAUACAGGAGAAAAGCCAUAUACUUGUAAUAUAUGCGAGUUCAAAUUUAGUCUAAAAAGUAACCUAGCAAAACAUAUGCGAACUCACACUGGUGAAAAGCCCUAUUCUUGUGACAUAUGCAAACAUAAAUUUACUCAAAAGAGUUAUUUAGUGUGUCAUUUGCGAAUUCACACUGGUGAGCAGCCAUAUUCAUGUAAUUUGUGCGACUAUAAGUGUUCUCAAAAUAGCAUAUUAAUGAGACACAUGCGAACUCACACUGCUGAGAAGCAACAUUCAUGUAAUUUAUGUGAGUUCAAAUGUGUUCUUAGCAGCAGCUUACAUCGUCAUAUGCGAACUCACACUGGUGAGAAAAAUAUCUUUUGUACCUUAUGUGAAUAUAAAUGUGCUCGGAAAAGUCAAUUAGUUUUACAUAUGCGAUCUCAUACAGGAGAAAAACCAUACGCUUGUAACUUAUGCGAGUUUAAAUGUGCUCUAAAAGGUCGCCUAACGAUACAUAUGCGAUCUCACAAUGGUGAAAAACCUUAUUCUUGUGCUUUAUGUGACUAUAAAUCUGCUCAAAAGGGUCAUUUAGUGCGCCAUAUGCAAACUCAUACUGGUGAAAAGCCUUAUUCUUGUCAGGUAUGUGAGAAUAAAUUUUCUCAAAAGACUCAUUUAGUGUAUCAUAUGCGAACUCACACAGCGUAAUCAAAGCUAAUUAAAAAUUAAAAGUAGCUUUUUGAGACAUGAAAACAUUCAUGAAAAGCUUUCCUCUUUGUAAACCGGCGUGCAUAAGUUUUGGAACGAAGUUCCUUAUCUGCGCGUUGCAGAAGUGGGCCACACGGAAAAAAUUAAGACCAAAAGUUGUAACGACACUUUUUACCCGAAUGCGUAAGGAGGGUAAUGUUUUUGCUAUAGUUGUAAGCCGGGACCUGAAGACAGCUGGUGAGCUCCGAUGAUAUAUGAUGAUAGCAAUCCCUGUUUUGAGGUUGAAUUUUAAAAUAUGUUAAAUAACAUUAUAUUAUGUAUUUUUUUUUCAUGAUUUAUUUAAAUGCGAAAGGUCAUUCAUCACGAAAUCUCGAAAACCGCUCGAUGUUCAAAGCUGAAAUUUGCCAGGGAAGUAGUUUGUAUUCAGUAGGUAUCCACUAAGAACCGAUUUUGCGAUAGGGCCGGAUUAAAGAGGUCUUACGUCACCGCAAACGCAAAUCAUAAACUGUGACGUCAUUCGCUACAAGGCAUCGGUUUGUAAUUGGCGCUUGCGGUGACGUGAUAUAUCACAUAACUGCAAACGCCAAUCACGCUGUGAUGUCUAUGAAUGACGUCACUUGUUAAUGUGUUGUGUUUCGGCUGCAAAAAACUUACGUAGAUUUUCAUUUAUAAUAUUUUUUUUUCUGGUUAUUAUUGACGGGAAAAUAAAUAUAGCUUAUAAUACUUCCAUAAUUCAGUUUAAACAUUGUUUACAAAAGAGGCAAGUAGCCUAUUGCGUAAAUUUGUAAAUACCUUUGUAUAUAUGAUAUGAAUAUGACUAUGUAAUUUUAUUUUUAGUUUUUUAAUUCUCACGUUGUUAUUUUUUAGUAUGGUAUGGUAUGGUUUUUUAGAUAAGUACGUAAUAAACGCAUCAAAUAUAUAAAUUAAGCAUUGUUUCUUUUUUAGUAUAAUUAAUUUUAGUAUAGCAUAACAUAUUUUUUUUUAAAUUAAAGCAUAAUAAAUUAAAGCAUAAAAAUUUAUUGCAUAAUAAUUUUUUAAUGUGUAAUUAAAGAGAUUAACUUAAGAUUUAAUUUUUGUAUUAAGAUUAACUGUAUAUUUAAUUGGUCUAAGCUUAUUAAAAUGAAAUUUAUCGUCAUUCAUUUAAGAAGUUAGUUAAAAUUUAUUAGGUGUAAAAUGUAGAUGUAGAUUAAUGUUUAUAACUCAGGAAUUGUAGUCGAGAUUUCGAUGUAAAUAUUUUUUGUAAGAUGAAUGAUGUUAUUCAAUACACGUAUCUUUAUAAAUAAAUAAAAUUAUGUUAUUAACACAA